AUGGCUUCUGCGGGUACUGUCACGCAGCUCUCGAUUCCGCUGCCUCGCUCCCUCGACACCCGCAUCCAUAUUCACCUGAGCACCAAGGCCAAGGUGGCAACCCUCUUUCUGACCUCAGUGACGCAAGACGAACAGUCGGGGCCAGCGGCACUUGGCUCGUUCGUAUACGCACUACCAAACAGACUUGAGCCGGCUCAGCCCAUCUCAACAGCCAUUUACUCGGUAGAGUCGACGCUGGAGUUCACGACGCGGAUGGCCAAGCUGCUAGCCAAGAGAGCCAACAUGCCCGUCUACGUCGGCUGCUCCAUCAACCUGGGCGGCGCGGCCAUGAGUCUCUCGGUGGAGGAGGAGAUGGAGGCGUUCCGGGCCAUCGUCGACGUCGUCACGGCGAAACUCAAGGGAGAGCCCUUGGUCAACGGUGCUUGA